GCGUCCUGGGACCUUUCAAUUACAGAGGCGGCCGGGGUGCCGGAUUGCGGAGAAGCCGGCGCGACCCCGAGGCCGCGAGUAGUUCCCUUGCCGGGCUAGCCAGCAGCCGGUCGCCCGCAGCGCUCCCGCCGCAACAGGUGUCUGCGGGAGUCUGGGUGGGGGUGGAGCGGACAUUCCACCCCCUGGGCGCUGGUCGCCGUGCCUGGCCUCUGCCCGCCGAGCCAUGAGCGGCCUGGAGGAAGAUCCCGAGUUUGAUUUCGAUUUCCUCUUCGAGUUUAACCAGAGCAACGAGGCUACCGGCGGCAAAGAACAUUAUAACUAUGCAUCUUCAAAUAUAAACUCAACUUUGCCUCUAAAUGUGGCCCAUUCUUCACUGCCAACUCCAUGUCACGGUCUUCAAACGUCUAUUCCAGUCAUUCCAAAUGUCUCAUCAGCUAACCAUCUAUCAGGUUAUGGAGGGCAUGCUGACAACAGCACUGCUGGAUAUUAUUUGCCUCCAAGUGUCCGACCUAAUGGCGUGCCAGCCUUAGAAAGUCCUAGAAUUGAAAUAACCUACUUAGGACUACAUCAAAACAACAACCAGUUCUUCCAUGAAGCGGAAGUUGAUGAAUCCACCCAAAACACCAAGAGAUCGCCUUCUACUGCUACUUUGAAUUUACCAAACAUUGAGGCUUACAGGGACCCAUCUUGUCUGAGCCCAGCCAGUAGCCUGUCUUCCAGAAGUUGCAAUUCAGAAGCAUCUUCCUAUGAAUCAAAUUAUUCCUAUCCUUAUACUUCACCCCAGACAUCUCCUUGGCAAUCGCCGUGCGUAUCACCCAAGACCAAUGAAACUGAGGAGAGGUAUCAGCGAAGUUUAGUUCCCUGCACACUCCUUAAUUCACCUCGACAUUCUCCUUCCACAUCUCCCAGAACAAGUAUUACUGAAGAAAACUGGCUGAGCUCUCACAACUCCAGACCAUCCUCUCCCUGUAAUAAGAGAAAAUACAGUUUGAAUGGCAGGCAGACAUCCUACUCUCCACAUCACUCCCCCACCCCUUCUCCCCAGAAUUCUCCAAGGGUCAGUGUGACUGAUGAGACAUGGCUGGGAAACACUAACCAAUAUACCAGUUCAGCCAUUGUUGCAGCAAUCAAUGCCCUCACUACUGACAGCACAAUAGAUAUGAAUGAUGGGAUUCCUAUCAAGUCCAGGAAAACUGCAGCAGAUCACACUCCCUCCAUGGCACUCAAGACGGAACCUAGUGGAGAUGAUCAGGGGACCAUAUCACCGAUUACCGAUUUAUCACCAGAAGAGUUUCCUGGGUUCCAGCACAUCAGGAAAGGAAGCUUCUGUGAUCAGUAUCUUUCAGUUCCACAGCACCCCUAUCAGUGGGCCAAAUCAAAGCCUUUGUCCCCAACAUCAUACAUGAGCCCAUCUCUGCCUGCCUUGGAUUGGCAGUUGCCAUCUCACUCAGGACCUUAUGAACUUCGGAUUGAAGUGCAGCCGAAGUCCCAUCACCGAGCCCAUUAUGAGACGGAAGGCAGUCGAGGAGCUGUCAAGGCGUCUGCUGGGGGACAUCCAGUGGUGCAGCUACAUGGUUACUUAGAAAGUGAACCACUCACACUACAGCUCUUCAUCGGGACUGCAGAUGACCGCCUGCUGCGGCCCCAUGCCUUCUACCAGGUUCAUAGGAUCACAGGGAAGACUGUUUCUACAACCAGCCACGAAACCAUCCUUUCCAACACCAAAGUCUUGGAAAUUCCACUUUUACCUGAAAACAACAUGAAAGCAAUCAUUGACUGUGCUGGAAUACUGAAACUUAGAAAUUCAGACAUUGAACUAAGAAAAGGAGAAACUGACAUUGGGAGGAAAAAUACACGAGUUCGGCUGGUCUUCCGUGUUCAUAUCCCUCAGCCUAAUGGGAGAACCCUUUCUUUGCAAGCGUCUUCCAACCCUAUUGAAUGUUCCCAAAGGUCUGCUCAGGAACUGCCUCUGGUUGAAAAGCAGAGCAUUGAUAGCUACCAUGUGAUGGGUGGGAAGAAAAUAAUUCUGAGUGGACACAACUUUCUUCAAGACUCUAAAGUGAUAUUUGUGGAGAAGGCUCCAGAUGGUCAUCAUGUGUGGGAAAUGGAAGCCAAAACUGACAAAGAGUUGUGUAAGCCAACUUUAUUAGUUGCUGAGAUUCCACCAUUCCGCAAUCAGAGAAUUACAAGUCCUGUCCAAGUCAAUUUCUAUGUCUGCAAUGGAAAGAGAAAGAGAAGCCAGUAUCAACUUUUCACCUAUCUUCCUGCUAAUGUUCCAAUUAUAAAAACAGAACCCUCUGAUGAUUACGAGUCUGCUCAAACCUGUGGACCAAGGAGCCAUGGAUUAAGCCCUCUCUCUAAACCGUAUUACAGCCAGCAGAUCAUGAUGCCUCCUGAUCCUGGCUCGUGCCUUGUAGCUGGCUUCGCUUCCUGUCAGCAGAGAAACACUGUGAUGUCAUCAUCUCCCAGCUCUAGUCCUAAGCUGCAUGAUCUUUCCUCUCCUGCUUACAAGUGCAUCACCAACCCAGGCCAUAAUCAUCUAGGACUUCAGCAGACGGCUGGAGGUGUCCCCACCAUACAGGAAGUGCCAAGGUCUAUUGUUGUGCAUCCAAGCUCUCCUGAUCAGUCAUCUCACAUCAUGCUGCAGCCGCAGGUGAGUCAACAUCUGAGCAGUACCUGUUCCCUUGGUAAUCAACAAGCACUCUAUCCCAACAGUCCCUCCUCUCCAGUUCCAUCUAUAACCCAGGAGUCAACCUAUUUGCAGUCCUGCGGUCAAACUCACUCAACUGUAAUGGGCCAACAGCAGCUGCCGAAUGUUCAAAGAAAUGAAACUCCAGCAAAUCAGCCACUGUCAUUGACCGACUUGCAUGAGGACAAUAAUCAUAAUUUGGCCCCUAUGCCCGUAACAGUCAAGCAAGAACCUGAAGAAUUGGACCAGUUAUACCUGGAUGAUGUAAACGAAAUAAUAAGGAAUGAUCUUUCCAGCACCCAUGUCCACUAACAUGUGGCCAGCUGGAAGUUUAGCUGAGAUAUCCACAUCAAAUACUUGGAAGAUAAUCCCCAGUACCAUUCUAGUCUUCCGUUUUAUUGACUGUUUGGAGCAGACAAUUACCUCUUCUCUUUGUCUAUGCAUAUAUUAUAUAUAUAAAGGAACUGGUUGACUUCAGCUAUGAAAUGCCUCCUUUUAAAAAAUCAUCUCAAAGAAAAUGGAGGAAAUGAAUACAGCGUGAAGUAUCUUAUGGUUAAAAUAGGAAAUGUGAUCAAACUGAUAACCAAUUUCAAAAACUGAUUUUGUUUCUUUCGGGCUCUACUGGACAACAACUCUGGAAGUGCCUUAUUUUGUUAGUUUGUGGCAUCAGGGAAUUGUACUGGCAGCGUUGAAGUCAUUGCCAUCCAAAGUAUUUCUAGGCACAGAAACUGUCAAUUGGUAUAGAUAGAAGAAUCCUGUUGAAUGUGUCUGGAUUCCAGGUGUUUCCUCCCCCUCACCACCCAGUUUUCUCUCUUGAACUGUAUUUGACAUCCUGCUGCCUUAUUCAUGGUGCAUUUUUAAAACCAAAUUCUCCUCAGCUGUACAUUUCCAGCCUGUCACAUUUCUUUGCUUAGGUAUUGUAGAACAGUUAGUGAUAGUAGCAUGUCAAUAUUUUGACUUCUCUUUGGUUUCAGCAUAGCACAAGGUAACUGAACAGCACAAAAUAUUAAGGUUGAUGGACAAAAACAUUUGGAAAAAAAUCUAAC